AGUCAUUUUAGUGAGGAUUCAGCAUCCUCCUGGUGCUGCAGCAGCCCCAGCAGCAGCAGCAGCAGCAGCCCUCCCCCUCUGCAGCCUCUCCAGCAGAAUGCCCGACAUGCAAACGGAAGCAGGCGCUACCAUUUUGAAAUACAGCACCGCCUAGCGCCAUGGACAAGAGCCAUACAGUGAAGCUCUUUGUGGGCAACCUGGCGUUGGACACCACCCAGGAGGAGCUGUCAGCCAUCUUCGAACCCUACGGCCAGGUGGUCAGCUGCAGCGUGCUGCGACAGUUUGCCUUCGUACACCUGCAGGGCGAGGGUGCCGCCGAGCGCGCCAUCCGGGAGCUCAAUGGACGGGAGUUUCGUGGACGGAAUUUGGUGGUGGAGGAGUCGAGGGGAAGGCCGUUGCACUCCACCAAGGUGUUUGUGGGUAAUCUGAGUGGGAUGUGCACCACCGAGGAUCUACAGCAGCUGUUUCAAACAUUUGGAAAAGUUCUUGAGUGCGAUAAAGUCAAAGCCAGGCAUUCCUCUUCCGCAGGCUAUGCCUUUGUCCACAUGGAAAACAAGGAAGACGCGCUCCAGGCCAUCGAGGCCCUGCAUGGUACCUCGUUUAAGGGCCGUCCCCUGUCUGUAGAGCUGUCCAAAGUCCAGCCCAGCAAGCAGGCACCUACAGGAAAAAUCCCCUGUGUUAACUGUGGAAAGCAGGGUCACUAUGCUGGAGAAUGUCCUGUCGGGAAGCCUUCUCUGGAGCAGUACCAGAGUCAGGCAGCAGUCCUUGCUGCUGCUGCAGCUGCAGCCGCCGGCCUGCCGCUACAGGUCCAACAAAGCGUGCACAAUUCAGUCUACAACACCUCCACCUUUGAUCCCACAUACGCUGCUCUCACUGGGAUCACCACAGGCACACGCACUGAUGGAAACCCAGUGAAUCCAGCAGUCUAUGGUGCCCUUGCCAGCCAGGUGUAUGGUGCCAAUGUUGCCAGCCAGCUUUAUGGAACGGUGGCCAAUCAGGCAGCUCUCACAUCAGGCGCCACCCAAAUGUACAGCUCAAUGACCCCCAACAUCUACGGCCAGAUGGCUGCAACUCCUGCGGCUGCUGCUGCGGCUGCCGCCGCGGCUGCAUACUCACCUCAAGUUUACACCCCAACUGUGGCCAACUCCCAUGUCUAUCUGACUGCUGCUCAUGGGUUAGAAAUGCCAACAGCAGCGGCUGCGGUCAACCCCGCCUACACUGUAUCUCCAGCAAUUUAUGGUGCCGCCACACCAGCGUAUGCUCAUAUAAGCGCCAUGGGAGCAGCGGACCCUACCACAGCCAUCUUUGAGGCAGCCAGACAGGCACAUUACUUUGCCCAGGGCCAGCAGGUUGUGGCUGACCAGCAGACGGUGGCUGCAGCUGCAGCAGCAGCUGUGGUAAAGUCUGAGAGGGACCGGAGUCCCCUUCGGAGGUCAGUACCUCUGCUACCAGACCCAGUGAUGAAGCCGUUCAUGUACCAGAGAGCCAAGCCGCGCCGACCCCUGCUCCCUACACCAGCUGGCCGAGCGGCAGAAGAGGCAGUGGAGGCUGCAGAGGACCCCAUGGCCAGGUACUAUGCGGAGUACUACCAGCAGCUGCAGCAGUACCCCCAGUUCCAGUAUGCCUACCCACCACCGAGCGCAGUGACAGCCAUCCCUGGCAUGCCAGGAGUGCCAGCCGUGUCAGCAGUCCCUACAGUCUCCGCGAUGUCCGCCCAGUCAGUCGCUGCGCUGGAUGCCCUCAGGCCAGUGGUCCCCACCGCUGCGGCAGUGGCAGCUGCCAUGGCUGCGCCAAGGGUGUAUGAGCCGCCGUUGCCGCCGCCCACGCGCAAGGAGGCCAUCCUCCGCCGCCCCGAACUCUCCCUUCACACGCCUGAGCCCCCCUUCCGAUAGUCGCACACAACUCUCUGCCCCUACCCCUCCCUCUUUGCCCUGAACCCCAUCUCCUCUUCCACCCCAAACUUGACCACCUUACAGCAGCUGUAUGUGUGUGUAUGUGAAUGUGUGUUUGGUGGGUGGGGUUUGAAACUGGGGGGGGGGCUAUUUGGUUUAUUAACCUGCUUUACGAGGGACUUGGUCAGCAUAACCUUGGUCCUGUUUGCACACACACACACAGUGCAGCCAUGAAAGGGAGGCUCUCAUCUGUCAUGUGGGCAUUCUUUGUGCUACUCAGUUUUACUUUUUUAUCGUGCCAGUCUCACACUUGUGCCAGUAUUAGACCGACCCAGUCGGUCGUUUCAUAUGCCUUUAUUUCCGCAACCCAGUUAUGAUUUUCUACGGCCAAACCUACGAUAAAAGACAUUGGUUUUUAUCAGCCAUCCUCCUUAGGCCUAGAUGAUCAGUUAGGGCAGCUAAUUUGAAACCUUUUUUGCCUUAUGUUGGAGAGUUUGUAAUGUAACCAGAUGGGAAGUCAGAUAAUCACAUAUUGUGUACAGGCUGCACUGCAUUGUGUCCAACAGAACCAAGGUUUUUGUGGGGGGAGGGGUGUUUGUCUUGAAUGGAUGUAGUAAGUGUGAAAGAGAGAGAUAUGUGCGGGCUCCUGACCUUGCAGCGCACAAACGCAGCAGCUUAGACUGCGCUUUGCAGAAAACAAACAAACAAAAAAAACGUAAAGCACACAUAAUACGUACUGUAAUGUAUGUUUGGAUCUCUCCUUGACCCCUUUUCCCCCACCUGUACUCUAACUUCAACACUGGAAGACACUGCCUCACCUCUCAUUCUCUCUCUAACUACAGCUGCCUACCUCUGACAGUAAAUUUCAGCGUAGAGUCUAUUCUAUUCCACACUUUUCACCCAGUCAGCAGUUUAGUUCCUGCUCCUCGUAAAGGCACAGGGUCAGCAGUUGAGGAAGGGAGGAGCCGGAUUUCGGUGACAAUGACUUUUGUAGAUACUCUGUAUGAAGUCCUCCUACAUAUCCAGAGGCCUUUUUUAAAAAUAGUGUAUGUGUUUUGUUUGUUUUAGUGUAUUUACAUGUGAUACAAGUCAGCCUGGGGUGUAAUGAGUUGUAAAUGGAUAAAAAAUAAACCCAUGUGUGACUACUGAACGAGCUGUUUACAAAGGAUCUUUACACUGCAUCCUAUUAGGAAACAUGAAAUGUGACAAGCUCAAUAAUGUGCCUAUAAGCUUUGAGUGAAGUGCAUUAAGUGGAGGGAUCUCCCAUUUUAAGUGCUUUUUAAUCAUUUCAAGGGGGGGGGGGGGGUGUAACAGGAGCCCUUCGGAGCUUUGUAUCCAGAAGGCUACGAGCGGUGAAGCUUUCUCGUGGACUUGCACUCCUGUAUUAGAUUAGUUUCUUAUCGUAGGGUUUUUAAAAAGCCACAAACUGAGCCUCACAGGUUCAUAAUUAGCCGCUGGUUUAAAGCAGGAACGACAGUGAUAGCACCAAUGAAGUGAGAGAUGGGGAAGUGUCUUCCAGUUGCCCCGACUGUCCUACUUUUUUUUCUCCAAAUACCAGACCUGCUUCAGAUUGUAAUUGCAAAGAAAUUUUAGUGUCUGUUUUGAUCUGGUUGUUGGAUCCGGUAUAGGUGGGGUUCGCUGCAGCGGGAUAACAAAACUUGUAAGGACAGGUACCUUGACAUUCACAAGCUUGUCCUGAAUGGCAAACUCCACCCAUUCAGUUCUACAGUCACUUUAAGGUUCUGUAUGUAACUCUCAAAAAUUCUUGUUUUUAGUGUAACCUCAAUCUGAGGCUUGAAGUGAACUGCAGUCCUCCAUAGCCACGAGCGAGCACCUGCAUCGGCCACAAAAGAUCGACCAUGAUUAACCGGCAUCUUAGAGUAGUGUUACGAUCUGUAUGUUCCCCUAUUUCAUUUGGACCAUUGGCUCCAUAAUACUAACUAGCUUGUUAGCCAUUUGCAAAAUACUUCAUCAGCUGACACUGCAAAAGCAACCAUUGGCAGAUCCAGGCAGCGUAGCUUAACAGCUAGCCGGCUAACCUUAGCUUAUGUUAAGCCAAAGAUACUCAGUAACAAAAGAUAACACACUACUGGCUGUGCCAAUAGUACGAGAUGUUACACACUUCCAGUCCCCCAUGUGGACCAUCUCUCUCUUUCCCUAAUUUUGCCACUCGUCGUUUUUAUCUGCUAGCUUAAUGUCUGAUAUCAACCAAGGGUUUGAACCUGUCAGUUGUUGCCUGAUCUCGCAAGAGUAUGUCACUAAAACAGAGGCAUGUCUGGCGCAUUUUCUCCUGAUAUGUCUGUCUGAAAAAGCACUAUUUUAGUGUCAGAACGUUAAGAAGGGUUUAGGCUUGUGAAAAAUGGGUUCAGUAUUUACUUCAGUGAUUACUGGGCAAAGGAAACGGUCAUUAUCUGUACUCACGUUCACUUAUCCCAUUGGAAUGAACAGACUCAGUACUGCCGCUAGUGGGCCAUCUCGGUUUAUCAACGGUCACUUGUUACGGUUAGCCGAUUGGCAACCCAGCUAGCUGUAACUUAGCUACUCUGCAUGGAUCUGUCUUUAGUUGUGGCUGAUAAAGUAAUUUGCAAACCCACCCCGGGAAUCUGGAUGAAUUGGCUGACGUUGUCCACUCAGUACAAUAUUUUGUUGCAUUUGCUAGCUAGCAAUUCAUCCCCGUUAGAAAGCAAACCAAAGUUAGCGAACAUUAGCCAGCUAAGACUACAGUGUCAUUUAAUAUGUCAGUAUGUUCUCUGGGAUUUUUUCAUCACUGGCGGGCACUUAAUUUGUUGGAAUUGUUUAUCAGACUACAAAUAAGACAAGAAUUAGCUAGCACAACCUGCUGUCUCUUCGCUUCACUGCCCACCACUCUGAGAUUAUUUCACUCAGAGGAACGCGGACGGCAGCUCCAGACACGACCUUCAGUCAGCGGUUAUGACAACUCGAAUUCAGCCGGCACAAACCUAAGCGGUAAGCGAAGGUCCGUCUACAGGCUGCCCCUGAAAAACAUAUAGAAACACAGCAUGUAGACUGUGUUGUGGUGGGUCCCCGUCGUUUGUUGACGUAAGCGGACGCCAUUUCCAAGCAUACGUUAGCUACUGCUGCUUAUUGUAGUGCUGUAGCGAAGCUAUAGAGAGAUGCAGCACGCUGUUGGGAGAAGUUUACCCAAAGGGCUUUCUGCCAGACAGGCAUUUCUUGGUUAACGUUCAUCACAUCCUCUAGAUUUUCCUGGAAAAUUCGGCUAAGGUCCCUUACAUAGAAGUCAGUCCACAUGCUGUUAAGGCAACCUAGAAAGUCAGGGAAGGUCUGUUUUCAACUUAAAAUCCAGUCAGCCAUUGGAAUUGAAAAACGAUUAAUACAUGUAAGAAGUUACGUACAGAACCUUUCAAACAAUCACUUGGGAAUUUUUUUGCAACUACUAUUUGACAGCGGUCUGAUGCACACACAGACAUACCCUCUGAAAUCACCUUACUGCCUCGCUGUUUCCCUCCUCCCCUCUCCCCCUGUGGUUUUUAGUGGUUAAGUGACUUUUGCAUCUCACAGUGUAAUCUCUCUGUGUUGUAUAUACGAACACAUACCAGUUGCAUCCUUUGUAGAAUUAUGUGGUUUGCGAAAUGUCUUGUUUGCCAUGUUUGAGACCGUAUUUUUUAGAGAAGUAUUUUAAUUUUGCCUUUUUUUUUUUUUUUU